CAUGGAGCGGAGAUCAAGAACAAUUACGUGGCUCGGAUGUUUGUUCCUACUUGGAAUAUCAGCAGAGACUGAUAAGAGGCUGUUCUUUAAUCAAAAUGAACAAAUUAUGGACCACAUUCUGCGUAUCAUGGACGAGACGGAAAAUCCAUGCACUAAUUUUAAAAAAUAUUCUACCGGCAGCACCUCUCAUGCCUUCUACACCAGUUAUUCUUUACCAGCGCUUGACAAUUUGAAUCGUAAGUUUUAUGCAGUGUUUGAGCAACUUAAGAACCGAGCCUACGAAUCCGGCAGUCCGGAGGAGAAGGUCUUUAAGUUGUACAACGCUUGCCAAGCUGACCAAAAGAAGGAAAAGAAAACCAACUAUUUGGAGGUGGUUCAGCCGGACAUCAAUCUCUCCUGGCCCCAAAAUACGCCUGAUGGCAGACAAUGGCCGAAGGAGCGCUUCCAGUGGUUAGUGACGCUCGCCCGAUUGCGUCGCUUUGGCAUGGAUGAUGUUUUACUAAAGAUGAGCGUUCAAGUGGAUUCCGAGGAUCACAGCAAGUACACGGUGGUGAUCAAUAAGCCCAGAUAUUUGUUUUACGACGACUUGUUGCAUGAACUGGGAUUCACCAAGAGUAAAGCAACGUUUUUAAAUGAAGAAAUUAAAAAACUUAGGGAUAAUCUAAAAAAUGAGAAUGAGGAUAAGCCGUUAAAAAAGCGUUUAAGUCUUCUGGAGUUAGAAAGUCAGCAUGGAGUUUCGCUAAAAAAAUAUCUCGAGGUCGUGUUCGAUCGCAGGUUCCCACCUAGUUUCAAGUUGCAGAUUGAGGAUGUGAACUACUUAGUAAGACUCAAUCAACUGAUAAGCAGCUCCGACCAAGAGGCUGUGGCCGUCCUCCUCAUGGAACGCUUCAUCGACUUUAUGACUUUAAGCGGCCGCUCUGAUGCAUCCUACCAUUGUGGAAUGAUCGUUAGAGAUCUUAUGGAGUUUGCCAGCAAUUUGAUUUUUGAGGAACAUAUCCUGGGUGAGAAGAAACUUGGGGAGUACCAAUUACAAGCAACGCAAUUAUUUGAAGCGCUACUCAAGCCCUUUAGAAGUGGGUUAGAGAGGAAUCGCCUUAAUUUACCAACUUCCCAGAUAUCAGACCACCUGAAGACUUUGAACGGAAUCACUGUAAAUGUGGGAAACAUGCCAAAAAAUGAAGAUCACCGUCGCUUUGUGACAUCUUACUAUGAGGAUCUUGACUUGGAAAGCGAUGACGACUUCACCAUCAUUAAUUUAAAGAUGCGUGUGUUUAAGACAAGUCGCGAGCUGGGGAAAUUAGGCAAUCCAGUGUCGAAUGAUCCGAGCCCUUUGAGGAGCAUCCAAUCAGUUAAUUUAGUUAAUUUAAGCACAAUUGUCAUACCCUACUCCGUUUUGGUCGAACCUCUUUUUAUGACUCGUGGCCACGACAUAUUCAAGUUCAGCAGAGUUGCUUUUGAUAUCUCUAGCUUAUUGAUGAACGCCUUACUUACUGCCAAUUGCCAUGCCAACACAAAUUUGAUCAAGACUUUGGAUGAUCAUGAUAUAUUUGGCAACAGUCAAUUUUCUUGCGACAAAGAUUACAUGGAAGGGGAUGUGGCACACAAAUAUGUCGGAGUGAUCUUGAAUUUGAUACAUGAGGCUUACUUCUUACCGGGGUCAGGAUUCGACCAAUCGCAACCCAACUUCACCGAUAAGUCCGUGGAACAGCUUUUUUUUCUGUUUUCGGCGCAGACCAACUUUAUCACCGAAGUUUUGACCAUGAUGCCCACAUUCGCUAAGACCUUUAAUUGUCCAAGUGCCUCGUCAACUUUAACUUCGGAAAGCAGUAAUUUUAAUAUCAUUGUAGCUAUAAUAAAAACUUAAUUUUCUAAGAAAGUACUAUAAUUCG